AAGAACCAGAUGCUGAUGAUGACGCCUGGCUCUCUGGGCCGCAGCACCGUCAUGAAGUCCUUCAUCAAACAAUCUGCCACCAAAACUGACGUCAAGUUGGGCUCUGGAUCUGUGGAGCGAGAACGGCAGAAGUGGGACGCCUUGAACAAGAAAAUAGAACAAGAGAAUGAACGAAAGAAAAAGAUCGAGGAGGAGAGACGAAAGAAACAGGGAGGAAAUGAAAAGGAAGCGGGGACGAGCGUUUGAAACGGGUUGUUGAGGCUCGAGUGAAAGGGAAAAGGAGAAGGAGCAGGAAAAGAAAAAGAAGAUUGAAGAAAAGAUGGCACAGCUGGAGAAGAAAAAUGACAUGCUGCGUGUUGAACGGUUGGCUGAGGAGAAAGCCAAGAGGAAGGUGGCCACUAAACGACAGGAAGACCUGGAGCUGCGCAAGAAACAGGAAGAGGCAGCCAGACAAAAGAAACUUCAGCAAGUUGAGGAAGAGGAGCAGCGACACCAGGAAAUGCUGGCCAAACGCAGGGCUGAAGAGGAGAGGAGAAGGCCCGCAAACUGGCCGAGGCCACCGCGCUCUGGAACUGAAGAAGGAACUAGAGCGGGGAGAAAAGAAGAAGGAGCGGGGAAAGAGAACGCGAGCUGGAGCGAGAAAGACAGGCUGCAGCUGAGAAAGAAAGACUAGAGAGAGAGAAGGCUAUCGCUCUUCAGAAGGAACUGGAGAGAGCAGCCAGAGAGAAGGAGAGGAGGGAGCUGGAGGAGAAGAGGAAGAUGGAAGAGCAGAGAAAGGCUGAAGAGGAGAAGGAAGCCCAGCGC